AUGCGCAAGAUGUACGAGGGACAAGCUGCUGCGACAGAAGAGAAAGAGAGCGCGGUGUUGGCUGCUAUAGAGUCGGUCAAAGCUGGUGGCAAACGGGCCCGCAUGACCGAGUACCUUGAGGGCGACGCUGCUGUGGCAAAAUGUGAAGCACACAAAGGCCUUGCGCUCAUGUUUGCCGCAUUUCGCCUCCUAGAGAACCUCAUCGACCAUCUGCUCUUCGUCAACUCUAUGCACCUGGUUGCACGCAGCGGUCACGGCUACAUUCCCCCACAUUGCAAGUACAUCGGCGGGGCCGGACUGCUCGCUUGCCGCAAGGGUACUGAGAACGGCGUGAUGGGGAUCAAGGCUAGCUGGAAGAAGACGGGUGUUACCAUCGCGUCCGACAUGAUGACGGACAAGUGUGGCAGGCCGCAGGCAAAUGUCCUCCUCGUGAAUGACGCUUGCGCCGUCCUGAAGGAGUGUGUGGACUACAACAUGGAGAAGAUAGGGGGAUAUGUCGCGUGGUUACUGAAACCCGUCGUGGAGAAAGUGGGACCUGUGAACAUCGUUGCGCUCUAUAUGGAUGGGGAUUUUAACUACGCAUCGGUGUGCCAGAAGCUGAUUGAGAUGUGGCCCCACAUUCAGCAGGUUCCUUAUGCCACCCACGUCAUGGACCUGAUGAUGGAGGACGUGGGGAAAAUGGGCUCCACCCUCACGCAGAUGGUCCUCGGCAACGAGUGGAAGGAGUGGGCUGCUCGCUCGCGCAAGGUGGCUGCAGAGAAGUUUGCCGCAUUGGUACUCGACUCGACUUGGUGGAAAACAGCCGAGUUUUUCACCAAGCUGCUGGAGCUCCCUUUCGAGGCGAUGUGCAAGACGGACGGGGAGGCAAAAGGGAUGAUGGGCAGGAUCUACGACGUGAUGCUCCAACGCACAGAGGACGUUGGGGCUCUCGUGGAUGCCGAUGAGAAGCAGUUGUGCUAUAGCGAGAAGCAACAGAUCCGCCGCAUCCUAAAAACUGUCCACACUGCCCACAGGAACCGCUUAGGGUCCGCCAAGUGUGCGGAUUUGGUGUUUGUUGCGCACAACUGGAACGUUGUGCACAACUGGCACACGCGCAAGGAUGUGUGUGGGAAUGAGCCGAAGCCCCCCAUCCUCGAAGGUUACAAUGUGCUGGAUGAGGAGGAAGAGGAGGAGGAGGAGGAGGAGGAGGAGGAGGAGGAGGAGGAGGAGGAGGAGGAGGAGGAGGAGGAGGAGGAGGAGGAGGAAGAGGAGGAGGAGGAGGAUGACGACGACAUCUUGGAGGACGAGUAUGAGUAG